AUGCCGACAACACACUUUUCGGAAGACCCUCCGCAGGUCAUGAACCAGGAGGAUCUCGAGCGCGCCAACGAGCUGCUCAGAAGCGCCUCUGAUCACGACAAUGCGCCCGCCGACGCCGAAAAGGCAGCCCAUACCGGCGCUGCGAGCAGCGACUCAAACGACGCUGACGCCGGCGCCGCUGCCACCAAUGGCGCGACGGCCAACGGCAACGGGACGCAGCUCGAGAAGAUCGGCACGUACGACAAGUACGAAAUCACCGAGGACGACUGCUACGAGGAGCUCGGCUUCUCGUUCCCCUCGUGGAAGAAGUGGUACAUCCUCACCGUCAUCUUCUGGGUGCAGGUGUCGAUGAACUUCAACACGUCGCUCUACUCCAACGGCCUCGAGGGCAUCAAGCACGAGUUUGGCGUCAGCCUGCAGGCCGCGCGCUGCGGCGCCAUGAUCUUCCUCGUCCUCUACGCCUUUGGCUGCGAGCUCUGGGCGCCCUGGUCCGAGGAGUUUGGCCGCUGGCCCGUCCUCCAGCUCUCGCUCUUCCUCGUCAACAUCUGGCAGCUGCCCGUCGCGCUCGCGCCCAACUUUGCCACCAUCAUGGUCGGACGCGCCCUCGGCGGCCUGUCCUCGGCCGGCGGCUCCGUCACCCUCGGCAUGAUUGCCGACAUGUGGGAGGCGGACAACCAGCAGUACGCCGUCGCCUACGUCGUGUUCUCCUCGGUCGGAGGAUCCGUUCUCGGACCCAUUGUCGGUGGCUUCGUCGAGCAAUAUCUUAACUGGAGAUGGGCCAUGUGGGUGCAGCUCAUCCUCGGUGGCUUCGUUCAGCUUGUCCACUUCUUCACCGUUCCCGAAACCCGCAGCACCAUCAUGAUGAACCGCAUUGCAAAGCGCCGCCGCACCAAGAACGGAGAGAACAUAUGGGGACCCGAUGAGCUGGUCCCGUACCGUGAUCGCUUUUCCGCCAAGGAGAUUUUCUCGACCUGGGGACGACCUUUCAAGAUGUUCCUCACUGAGCCCAUCGUCUUGGUUCUGUCGCUGCUCUCUGGUUUCUCCGAUGCCCUCAUCUUCAUGUUCAUCCAGUCCUUUGGUCUCGUCUACGACCAAUGGCACUUCAGCAAGGUUCAGAUCGGCCUUUCGUUCAUUCCCAUUGGUGUAGGCUACCUCAUCGCAUGGCUGCUCUUUAUUCCCGCCAUCAAGCGCAAUAUCAAGGAGCGCCGAGCCAAGCCCGAAGACGAACGUGCCCAGUAUGAAUCGCGCCUCUGGUUUUUGCUUUACACGGCCCCUUGCCUGCCAAUUGGUCUGAUUGGUUUCGCUUGGACCAUCCAGGGUCCUCCCAUCCACUGGAUUGGCUCCAUGAUUUUCGCUGCUAUUGUCGGUAUCGCAAACUACGCUAUUUACAUGGCCACCAUUGAUUACAUGAUUUGCGCGUAUGGUCCUUACUCUGCUUCCGCUACAGGCGGUAAUGGCUGGGCUCGUGACUUCCUGGCUGGUGUUUUGACCAUCCCCGCCGUUCCCUUCUUCAGCAACAUUGGAGCCUCGAGUGGAAAGAACUUGGAAUACGCCUCGACCAUCCUCUUCUGCAUCUCCUUCAUUCUUGUCAUUGCGGUGUACGUCAUUUACUGGAAGGGACCUACACUGCGACACCGCUCUCCAUUUGCCCAGCAGCUCGCCUCCGCCCGCGAGGAACACCCUGGCCGCCGCAACAGUGUCGUCCACGACAGUCGCCGAGCUUCUGCAGCCUCUGGUGCGCAGCAGCGACCUGGCGCCGAGCGACGGUACAGCCAGCAGCACCGCUUCUUUGGCGAGAGCCGCGUCACUCCUCGCCAGACCCCCCGCGGUACUCCGUCGGCAAGCCGCAGACCCAGUGUCGCACACGCUCAGGCCAAAUAA